AUGCUGACAGUGAAGAAAGCUGUGACUGGAACAGUUUCAGUUCUUGGGCGUUCUGUUGCUCCAUUAGAACAAAUGACAUUGAUUAAGAAUUCUAAAAUCGAUCGAGAAGUCAAGGAUGUCCUCAGGCAAUGUCUCAUUACUGCAAUGAAUUUCGAGUCGUCUAGUAAAGACAGUUUAGACAAAUCGAAAACGUUAGUUCGGAAAAGCGGCGACUCUUGUGAAAUUACUUCUCGAUCCGCUGCAUUCACAGCAGCUUCAGCGAUGAAACUGAAAAAGUGGAACGACGUCGACGAUAUGCUUAGAUUGUCUACACAUUGCCCACCAGUUAUCACCAGUUCAAUUCGUAUAAGAUCAUUAGCUGAACAGUCUAAGUUAAGCGAAGCUCUGUCAGAAUUAGAAAAAGUGCUCAUGUUUGAAGAAGAAGUGUUUUCCACAAGUAAUUACAGUGUCAGUGAUGAAGCGCUUGAUUCACUAUGUCAAGCAAUCAAAUCUGCGUCUCAAUCCACAGAUGAAAUGAAAAGAUUCCGCAAUCUUCAAAGACUCGUCACAAAAUAUGAUCGUCGAACAAGCCAAACCAUCGAGGAUCUGCUCUACAGUCCAAUUCAUGUGAAAAAAUCUGAACAAGAAACAGAACCAAUUGACGAAAACUUUGUGAAAUCGAAGAAAUUCCAGGAUUUUGUGAAACAAAUUCCUUAUAUGAAAGACAAAGCAACUGAGUUGAAGUAA